AACGACGGGUGCUAAGAUGGUUACAUAAAUUGAAAUACUAUAAAUGUAUUGAAAAUUUACUUGUCUUCACAUAACCUUCCUGACAAACCUAAACCACAACUUAUAGCCACUAACGAUGUUCGUCUUGGUAGCUUUGGCCGUGUUUGUACAGAGUGUUUUAGGGGGAAACCUAGUAGAGGUUCUACAAAACGACGGGGAGACGACUUUGAUAGCUCUUGUUAAACAAGCGGGUCUGGCCGACGCUCUACUGUCAGGAGAGUACACCAUAUUUGCUCCAACAAACGCUGCAUUCUCCAAACUUCCCCAGUCUGUCCUUGAUGAUCUACAGAGAGAUACCACCGCUUUGGCAAAUAUAUUGAAAUACCACGUGGUCAAAGGCUCCAUUCACAAGGCCGAUGCAUCCAAUGAGCUUCAGUUGGAGACUUUGGCUGGAACCAAAAUCAGAUUUAACAUCUAUAAUCACAAUAACGUUGUUACAGUAGAAGGAUCCAAAAUCACACACUUUGACCUGACCGCCUCUAAUGGAAUGGUGCACGUCAUCGACACCGUGAUGAUGCCUCCUACAGGAAGCAUUGUGGAUUUGGUGGCCGGCAACAGUGACCUGAGCACUCUUUUAUCUAAGGUCCAAUCAGCUGGAUUAGCCGGGGCACUACAGGGAGAUGCUCUAACAGUGUUUGCACCAACCAAUGCUGCGUUCAAUAGACUUGGCAGUCAUGUUUUGGACAAUCUUAGAAGAAACCCACAGCUUCUUAAAGAAAUUCUGGAGUACCACGUCGUUCCCCACACUGAAUACUCAGCUGGAUUGUACAACCGAGAAUACCUCAGAACCCUUGAUACUCACCAUGACGUCAUCAGACUUGGAGUCAGCAGUACUAAUGGUGUUGUUAUUAAUCACCGUUCUCACGUGACACAAGCCGACAUCAGCGCCACCAACGGUGUUGUACACAUCAUUGAUCACCCACUAACGAUGUUCGUCUUGGUAGCUUUGGCCGUGUUUGUACAGAGUGUUUUAGGGGGAAACCUAGUAGAGGUUCUACAAAACGACGGGGAGACGACUUUGAUAGCUCUUGUUAAACAAGCGGGUCUGGCCGACGCUCUACUGUCAGGAGAGUAUACCAUAUUUGCUCCAACAAAUGCUGCAUUCUCCAAACUUCCACAGUCUGUCCUUGAUGGCCUACAGAGAGAUACCACCGCUUUGGCAAAUAUACUGAAAUACCACGUGGUCAAAGGCUCCAUUCACAAGGCCGAUGCAUCCAAUGAGCUUCAGUUGGAGACUUUGGCUGGAACCAAAAUCAGAUUUAACAUCUAUAAUCACAAUCACGUUGUUACAGUGGAAGGAUCCAAAAUCACACACUUCGACCUGACCGCCUCAAAUGGAAUGGUGCACGUCAUUGACACCGUGAUGAUGCCUCCUACAGGAAGCAUUGUGGAUUUGGUGGCCGGCAACAGUGACCUGAGCACUCUUUUAUCUAAGGUGCAGUCAGCUGGAUUAGCCGGGGCACUACAGGGAGAUGCUCUAACAGUGUUUGCACCAACCAAUGCUGCGUUCAAUAGACUUGGCAGUCAUGUUUUGGACAAUCUUAGAAGAAACCCACAGCUUCUUAAAGAAAUUCUGGAGUACCACGUCGUUCCUCACACUGAAUACUCAGCUGGAUUGUACAACCGAGAAUACCUCAGAACUCUUGAUACUCACCAUGACGUCAUCAGACUUGGAGUCAGCAGUACUAAUGGUGUUGUUAUUAAUCACCGUUCUCACGUGACACAAGCCGACAUCAGCGCCACCAACGGUGUCGUACACAUCAUUGAUCACGUACUUAUUCCAUCCCGUUAUCUUUUCUCUGCGAUAUUGGGGAAAAAGUAAUCAUCUGAACAAACUAUUUUGACAUUUUUGAAGCCAUGUCUCAUUUGAAUCACACAUUCUAAUUGUAUAUACUUGUUAUUGAAUAUGCUUGUUAUUUCUAUUGAGUGAAAACGUACUAAAUUUGCAAUAAACAUUGACAAAAAG